AUGAACACCUUCCUGCUCUCUGCACUGUGCCUCCUUGGGGCCUGGGCUGUCCUGGCAGAGGGAGUCACCGUGCAGGACGGAGACUUCUCCUUCCCUCUGGAGUCAGUGAAGAAGCUCAAGGCCCUCGGGGAGCUCCAGGAGCGCAGCAUGCGGAGCAGCAGCAAGCGUGGCGGCCCCGCGCUCCCCACAGCCUGCAGCCACCGGAAGUUUCCCGAAGAGCUCAGGCCGCUCUGCAAGGAGCCCAACGCCCCGGAGAUCCUCGGCAGGCUGGCGUCCAUCGCCCAGGACCCGAGGUCGUGCGAGAUCUGUGCCUUCGCCGCCUGCGCCGGGUGCUAGGACGGCCGGCUCGGAGCACCGGGCCCGGGGGAGCGCCCUGGGGCGCCCUGGGGACCCCGGGCCCUGGCCCAUCCGAGGAGCUGCCGGUGUCCCCCGAGGAUCCCUCCAACCCGCCGCCAA